CUAAGAAUAUAUUAGUAGAAGCACAAGAAAGACAAAAGAUAUAUGCAGAUAAAAGAAGAUGUUUUUGUGAGCUAAAAGAGAAGGAAGGUGUUAGUAUGACAAACCUAACAUCACCAGAGAAUUUAAAAAGAAGAUCAAAGAAGCUCAUACCGAAGUAUAUUGUAUUUCAUGUUUCUUGCUUGAAACCUUAUUAUCACAAUGAAAUUAAAAGAAAAGCAACUCCACCACUGCUACUUUUGUUAAUAGAUCUGAAUGUGAACGCAGAAUAUGAGGGUUAUCUUUUACAUAAUGCUAUAUGGGAACCUUUUAAAAAUCUUGAAAAUUGUAGAUGGUUGGUCGACAACUUUAAAAAGAAAUCAGGUUCAUCUUUAAGUAGUGAAGAGUAUAGAGAAAUAGAUUAUCUUCAAUAUAGUUCAUGUAACGAUUAUGACAAUUAUGAUAAAUAUGAUUCAUGUAAUGAUUGUAAUGAUCAAAAUGAAUAUGAUGAUUAUGAUGAAUAUGAUUUGUGUAAUGAUCGUAAUGAUCAUAAUGAUCAUAACAAAUAUGACGAUCGUGAACU